AUGACCCACCAAAUUGUAGAUGGAUUCGACUCAGGUUACCUUGACCCCGACUAUACGCGUUUGCAAUUGCAGAAUCAAGGUUUCCCCGUUGUCGACAACAUGCUCCACCACAAUCAAAUGCAUGAUGGUGGCUUUCAGGUUGACGUCAAUAUGUUCUCUCAAGAUCAUAUGGCAGAUGGAGGUUACCACAUUGACGACAAUAUGAUUUCUCAAAAUCACAUGAACAAUGGAGAGUAUGCAAUCGGCGACGAUUUCGAGAUGACUGACGCACAAACUAUUGAUGGUAUCGUCCCUGCCGAUGGCACAUUUUCUUCUCACGAAGAAAAUAGAGUAUACGUAGCUGACAACGACAUCGAAAUGUCAGAUGAGGGCAUGAUGAAUGAGGGCAUGAUGGACGAUGUCAUCUCUGCCGAUAACGCUAUUUCUCCUCAAGGAGAAGAUGGAGAGAACAAAUUCGGCGAUGAUGCUGAUGACAACGCGAUCAUUGCUGCACCCGCUCCUAAUGACCACAUGAAUCAGUGUCGCAUUAUGUUCCUCGCAUUUAACCCUCCUCCCACUGUCCCAAUCGACCCAAGCCAAAGAAAUCUGUUGCAGACCGCUCCUAUCGAAAUUCGACACAUGAUAUAUGAACUCUGGCUACCGGGACCAAGAACCGUAAGCUUCGACUUGAUCAACUCACCAAGGGGCAGUCGGCAACAAGAGUAUGAAUUCAAAAUCCCAGCUAUCUUUCAAGUAGAUAGUGACAGUCGAGCAUUCUGGAAGAUGAAGUAUAUUACUGUAUACAAGCCUCAAUGCCCUCAAUACAGAACGAUGAUCAAGUUCUACGGCACUCGCAACCCGAUGCCCUUGAUCUUCAACCCUAAGAUCGACACUGCGUCGAUUACCUUUCUCAAUAAAAGACCACAAUGGGGAUACAACGAAUCUCAAGAAUGGUUGCGAUAUGUCGAUAAUUUAUUGCCCAAUGGAUUAUUGGCUCGUGUCAAGUUUUUAGAUAUGCGCGAAGUCUCCACUGAAGGUCCAAGUCUUGUUGAUUCUGAUUUGCAAGCAUGUUUCUUUCCCGCGCAAGUUUGGAAUGGCGAAUUAUGGAAAAUGUUCAGAGGGGUAGAAAAACUUUACUUCACAGCAUCCAAUGUGGGUAAUCAGUGGAAACAAAUGUUAAAAGAACCUGAUUUUGCAAGAUUUAAGGAUUUUGUUCUCUCAUAUCGUGCCUCGGGUGUUGCUUUGGGUAUACAACAUCCAAUUCCGGCCAACAACGUGGUGGUUAGGUCCUUUGUUCCGGCUUGA